GCAAAGCCUGCAGCAACGUAAACAAAUAAUCCCACAGGCAGCUCAUAAAGUAACACGUUUAUAAUGAGGAAUUUAGUGGUGUUUUAAUCUAAAAUAUUUCGGUGGAAGAGUGUGCUGUUUAAUUCACCUCUCAAGAGAAUAUUGACCUAAAAAUGAUUCAGCAAAUUCCCUGGAUUUAUACCCCGGUUCGGACUGUCCUGGCAAUUUGGCACCAGUUGAUCAAAAAUGAAAUCCCAGAGUUAUCAAAAUGCUCAGUUCUAAUGAGGGAAAGGAGCAGAGUGGAAGAAACCAUUUACAACAUGCAGCGAGCUGGACCAGGCAGCCUGCAGGUAAUCUCAGACUUUGAUAUGACACUAACAAGAUUUGCCUACAAAGGACAGAGAGUUCCCACCACUCAUAACAUCCUGGACAACCGGUUAUUGAUCGAUGAAGACUGCGAGAAGAAGAUAAAGAAACUAUUAAACACCUACUACCCAAUAGAGAUUGAUGCUAGACUUUCUACUGAAGAGAAACUACCUCUCAUGGUCGAAUGGUGGACUAAAGUUCAUGAGCUGCUGAUAGAACAGAAGAUCAAGAAAGACAUGCUGGCACAGGCAGUGAAAGAGUCCCGCUCAAUGCUCAGGGAUGGUUACAAAGUGUUUUUUGACCUUUUGUCUGAGUUCCAAGUUCCACUGUUAAUUUUCUCUGCGGGUAUUGGAGAUGUAUUGGAAGAAGUUAUUCGCCAAAGCCACGUUUUCCAUCCCAAUGUACACAUCAUUUCCAACUACAUGGACUUUGACCAUACUGGGGUUCUUCAAGCUUUCAAAGGACAGCUGAUUCACACGUUUAAUAAAAGAGAAGGAGCUCUGUCACAUGCGGCCCACCUCACCGAGCUGAAGGGGCGGCCAAAUGUGCUGCUGCUCGGGGACUCUCUGGGGGAUCUGACCAUGGCCGAUGGAGUUAUGAACGCACAAAAUAUUCUGACUAUCGGGUUUCUCAAUGACCAAGUUGAAGAGAGGAAAGAGUCAUAUGUGAAGUCCUUUGAUAUUGUUUUAGUGAAUGAUGAAACACUGGAAAUCCCAAAUGCUAUUCUCAAGAACAUCCUAAAGACACAAGAUUCUGCUUUGACUUGUAUUUGCACAUCGCCUGCGGGUGCGUACCUGCUCCAGUGCUGCCAUAGGCCAGGUGUGGAGGGAUGGUGA